CUCUACCUCUCCCUCUCCCCGUCACCCAAUCUCAACGUCCACAACACCGACCAAACCCCCCACACAUCCCCACGCCUCUCACACCAUGGCCGACAAACUCCGUGCACAGCAACAACUCGAAGCGCUGCAAGCGCGCUACAUCGGCAUCGGGUCCGCAGACACGACAAAACACGAAUGGACAUCGAACAUCGCGCGCGACUCGCUUUCCUCGUAUGUUGGCCACCCGCCGCUGCUGCAGUACAUGAGUAUUGGGCUGGGACAGCCGAGGGAGAAGACGAGGGUGCAGCUGCUGGAGAGAAUGGUGAGGCCGGUUGGACCGCCGCCUGCGGUGAGUGAACUUUGAGGAGGAAUGGGGAGAGGGAUAUCGGCUGAUCAGGCACAGAACCAGGACUGAGGCACUCGGGAAACUUGAGAAGUUUCAAAGAAUCUGUAGGAUGGUUAGGCUAUGGAGACGACAAUACCCACCAGCGGACGCCGCGAUGGACCAGCGCGGGCAGAAAGGACAGGAAGGAGGGCGACACAGAACAGACCUUGGUCACUUGGGUUCGUGGUCGCUA